AGUCUCAAACAGCUGAUUUGCAAAACAACCAUUUCAUAACAAUUUUGCAAAGAGAAAGGAUAUUUCGUUGUAAAUCUAGCUUUACGAAACCAGCACACUAAAUCAAUAUGGACUUUGUUCUUGAUAUAAAAAGUUCAAUAGGCUUGGAAGCAGAAAAUCUUGUGAACAAGGUAUUUCCAGAAAAAACAGCACAAUUGGAUGCAAUCCUUCAAAGCCCGGAAUUUCGUCUGGAAAACAUACCUUCGGUGCGCGAAAAAAGUUGGGAGAGUCAUGCAAAUGUAACAGCAAAGAAGGAAAAUUCGAAAGCAUCGACAUCGGAUCGGAACAUUGGUGAACCUCCAGCGAAACUUUUGAAAAGUUGUGAUGAAGGUGAUGCGUCGGAAGAUGCUGUCGAGAAACAAGAAGUAUUUUCGAAUCCACAGAUUGUUCAUCUUUUGGAGAUUAUCAGACCAGAAAUAAUUACUCUAAUGGAAUCAUGUAAUACAAUUCGUACCUGGGUCAUGCUUCUUUUGCCGAAGAUGGAAGAUGGUAACAAUUUUGGAGUUUCUGUUCAAGAAGAAACAAUGGGAGAAUUGAAAGGAGUCGAAACGGAAACUGCUGUUUUCUUGGAAUCAACUACGUCGUAUUUUUUCGCUCGUGCAAAGGUCGCGUCCAAAGUCAUCAAACACCCGAAAAUUCACGAUUACGCUCGUUUCAUUGCGGAGGAGGACGAGAAGCAAUUUGUUUCCUUGCGACACACUGUCGCAGAAUUAAGAAAUUUUUAUUCGUCUUUACAUGAUUUGAUUAUGAAGAAUAUUGAUAAAAUUAAGAAACCAAGAAACAGCAACCUUUCUUCAAUGUAUUAGUUAAGUUGACAAUCAAAUAAAAAUAAACCUUACACAUACAAUA